CUCGCCGUGUUCCGCGCCCCCAGACUCCAGGGUUUCGCAGAAUCCGCCGGUUGCAGCGGCGGCGCCGGGACAUGGAGCUUGAGAACAUCGUGGCCAACUCGCUGCUGCUGAAAGCGCGUCAAGGUGGGUGCGCGGCAGGCGCCCCCGAUCGCCCCAAACAACCCCAAAACCCGGGGAACCCUGGCCCCGCUGAAGGAACCCGACAUCCCCGGAGAACCCCGAUUUCCCGGGAGAGCCCCGACACCUCCCACUGGGGGAACCCAGAUCCGCACGGAGCCCUAGCCGGGGUCUGGCGGUGCCGUCAGGCUGCCCUGGCCAGGUCCCCAGUCCGCAUCUCCUGGCCCAGAUGAGAGAACUCUUGGUAGUCUGGCCCUGUGGCCUCUAGGUGUGACCUCGGUGACAGUGUUGCUUCACCAUGGGGCAGGCAGUGUCCUGCUGGUGUCGGACAACCCGGCCCACCGAAGAAGAACCGCGUCUUUAUGGUCUUCAGGCGGACAAAGAAGAGCAGCCUGGAAACCACUCACGGAAACCACCUUCCGUGAACGACUGUAGGGCAAUGUUAUUUUUAACAUAGCUGCUUGGUUUCGAGGUUUAAUCCAAGGCUUUAUGGUGUGUCAAGUGCGCUUUAGCACGACGUGGUGACAGAUGGACAAGCUGGCAAGCAUUCACCCUUUUAUCAAUAUGGAAGUAUCAGUUGACCAACUUUUCAGCGGGAGACCCCCGCAGUCCUCUGUCUCAGACCUCAUGUCUCCCUUUCUUGCCUCUCUCUCUCUUUUUUUUUUUUUUUUUGAGACUGAGUUUCGCUCUUAUUACCCAGGCUGGAGUGCAAUGGCGUGAUCUCGGCUCACCGCAACCUCCGCCUCCUGGGUUCAGGCAAUUCUCCUGCCUCAGCCUCCUGAGUAGCAGGGAUUACAGGCACGCGCCACCAUGCCCACCUAAUUUUUUUGUAUUUUUAGUAGAGACGGGGUUUCACCAUGUUGAACAGGAGGAUCUCGAUCUCUUGACCUCGUGAUCCACCCGCCUCGGCCUCCCAAAGUAUUGGGAUUACAGGCUUGAGCCACUGCACCCGGCCCCUUUCUUGCCUCUCAAGAGAGCAGGCAACAGAGCCUCGGAUCUCAGGUCCCCGUGCCAGCCACCGUGGUUCUUCACGCCCCUUCCCUCUUACAGAAUUGGUGGUUUACUCCAUGUCCUUGUGAUGGAGCAGCUCUGCUCGAACUUUGUGCUCCAGGACGGGGUAAAUACCGACUCAAGGUGCCACACCAGCCAGCCUGCAUGUUUAAGACAAUCUGGAGCUGGGGGUGGUGGCCACGCUUGUAGUCCCAGCUACUCUGGAAGCUAAGGUGGGAGGAGGAUCGCUUGAGCCCAGGAGAGUCCAGCCUGGGCAAACACAGCAAGACUAUCUUUUUUAAAAAGUUGAAAACAAGGCCGGGUGCAGUGGUUCAUGCCUGUAAUCCCAGCACUUUGGGAGGCUGAGGUGGGCAAAUCACGGGCAGGAGUUUGAGACCAGCUUGGCUAAAAUGGUGAAACUCUGUCUCUACUAAAAAUAGAAGCAAUUAGCUGGGUGUAGUGGCAGGUGCCUGUAAUCUGAGCUAUUCAGGAGGUCGAGGCAGGAGAAUCACUUGAACCCGGGAGGCAGAGGUCACAGUGAGCUGAGUGUGCCAGUGCACUCCAGCCUGGGUGACAGAGUUGAGAUUCCGUCUCAAAAAAAAAGAAGUCGAGAGCGAAGACUUCACCUUCUCCGUAUUUUUGUACCAACUCACACUGUUUUGAAUGGAAGAACUGAGAAUUGUGGGGGGAGAAGAGAAUGGGAUCUUUUUCCCUUAAGACACCUAGGGAGUCCCAGAGCGGUACACAUUCUGAUCAGCCUCGUUUCAGUGGAGCAUUUCGCUCUGCCUCUUGUCCCUCACUCUGAACUCCAAAUUGGUCAUGGAAGAGAAUCAUCCUUACUGGAAGCCAGAUUGGCGCUCAGCCAGUUUUCUUUUUACACUACCUUCCUAUCUGCAUAUAAUUUACGAAAAGGAAUUCUACCAAGCUGACUUCCUUAGAAUGCUGCCGAGAUUAGAUAAUGAGGAGGAUAUGGCAAAAAAAGUGGUCGUAGUAAAAAAUGGAGGGAGAUGGUGAUGCUGCCUCCCGUCAGCCGGUGCGGUGAGCUCAGACAUUCCGUUGGAAAGGAUUUUAGCAGUCUUUGUGACAAGCAGCCGAUAGGAAGACUUCUCUUCAGGCAGUUCUGUGAUACCAAACCCACCCUAAAGAGGCACGUGGAAUUCUUGGAUGCAGUGGCAGAAUAUGAAGUGGCAGAUGAUGAGACCCGAAGUGACUGUGGACUGUCAGUCUUCAAUAGAUUCUUCAGUGAUAAGGCAGCCCCUUUGCCAGAAAUACCUCCAGAUGUUGUGAGAAGAUGUAGAUUGGGACUGAAGGAGGAGAACCCUUCCAAAAAAGUCUUUGAGGAAUGUACUAGAAUUGCCCAUGACUACUUAAGAGGGGAACCAUUUGAAGAAUACCAAGAAAGCUCACAUUUUUCUCAAUUUUUACAGUGGAAAUGGCUGGAGAGGCAACCCGUAACCAAGAACACAUUUAGACAUUACAGAGUUCUAGGAAAAGGCGGAUUUGGAGAGGUUUGUGCCUGUCAAGUGCGAGCCACAGGAAAAAUGUAUGCCUGUAAAAAGCUACAGAAAAAAAGAAUAAAGAAGAGGAAAGGUGAAGCUCUGGCUCUAAAUGAAAAAAGGAUUCUGGAGAAAGUGCAAAGUCGAUUCGUGGUUAGUUUAGCUUACGCUUAUGAAACCAAAGAUGCCUUGUGCUUGGUGCUCACCAUUAUGAAUGGAGGGGAUCUGAAGUUUCACAUUUACAACCUGGGCGACCCCGGCUUUGAUGAGCAGAGAGCUGUUUUCUAUGCUGCCGAGCUGUGUUGCGGCUUGGAAGAUUUACAGAGGGAAAGAAUUGUAUACAGAGACUUAAAGCCUGAGAAUAUUCUCCUUGACGAUCGUGGACACAUCCGGAUUUCAGACCUCGGUUUGGCCCUGGAGAUCCCGGAAGGGCAGGUGGUUCGAGGAAGAGUUGGAACGGUCGGCUACAUGGCACCAGAAGUUGUCAGUAAUGAAAAUUAUACAUUUAGUCCUGAUUGGUGGGGACUUGGCUGUCUGAUCUAUGAGAUGAUUCAGGGACAUUCUCCAUUCAGAAAAUUCAAGGAGAAAGUCAGACGGGAGGAGGUCGAUCAAAGAAUCAAGAAUGAUACUGAGGAGUAUUCCGAGAAGUUUUCGGAAGACGCCAGAUCUAUCUGCAGGAUGUUACUCACCAAGAAUCCCAGCAAGCGUCUGGGCUGCAGGGGCGAGGGAGCAGCUGGGGUGAAGCAGCACCCCGUGUUCAAGGACAUCAACUUCAGGAGUCUGGAGGCAAACAUGCUGGAGCCCCCUUUCCGUCCUGAUCCGCAUGCCGUUUACUGUAAGGACGUCGUGGAUAUCCAGCGGUUCUCCACGGUGAAGGGGGUCCACCUGGACACCACAGACGAGGAGUUCUACGCUCAGUUUGCCACAGGGCGUGUCUCCAUCCCCUGGCAGAAUGAGAUGAUCGAAUCUGGGUGUUUCAAAGACAUCAACAAAAGUGAAAGUGAGGAAGCUUUGCCAUUAGAUCUAAAAGACGACAUGCAUAGCCCGGUUUCCAGACCGAAGAGAGGCUUCUUCUGUAGACUCUUCAGAAGAGGGGGUUACAUAGGCCAGGGGUGGUGGCUCACGCCUGUAACCCCAGCACUUUGGGAGGCCAAGGCGGGUGGAUUCAUGAGGUCAGGAGAUUAAGACCAUCCCGGCCAACAAGGGCUGCCUGACCGUGGUCUCUAGUGAGAAUGAAGUGGCACCCAAGCAAUGCUGACCAUCCCUGUGCAGAGCAGACCACAGAGCAGACCCUGGCACCAGGAAGGAGCACGUGUUAGCGUCUCAUCCCAACUGGAAUUGUAAUAAACACAUCUAAAUAAAACGUG